AUGCGUGAUGGACGUUGCUCCAAAUACUUUCCAAAGAAAUAUGUUGCUGCCACAAUGUUUGAUGAUGAUGGUUAUCCUGUUUAUAGACGUAGAGAUAAUGGUCGUGUUGUUUUGAAGGAUGGUGUUCCCUUGGAUAACAGAUAUGUUGUUCCACAUAAUCGUUAUCUCCUUAUGAAAUAUGGUGGUCAUAUCAACGUUGAGUGGUGCAAUCAGUCGCGGUCUAUCAAGUAUUUGUUUAAGUACAUAAAUAAAGGUGCUUGGAGAAUUCUUGGUUUUGAGAUUCAAUAUAAGGAUCCUUCAGUUGAAAGAUUGAGUUUUCAUCUUCCAAAUGAGCAACAUAUUGUUUUUGAUGAAGAUGAGACAUUGGAUAGUGUUUUGGAUAGUAAGACAAUUUUUCAAAGCAAGUUCUUGGCUUGGAUGGAGGCUAAUAAGAUAUAUUCUGAAGGUAGAGAUUUGACUUAUGGUGAAUUUCCAACCAAGUUUGUGUGGAAGAAGGAUCGUUGGCAACCUAAGCAACAACGUUAUUCAAUUGUGCGGUUAUUUUACGUUGCUCCUGGUUCUGGCGAUUUGUAUUAUUUGAGAUGUUUGUUGAAUGUUGUCAAGGGACCUACCUGUUAUGAAGCCAUUAGAUCUAUUAAUGGUGUUCAGUAUGAUACAUUUCGAGAUGUUUGCUUCUCUUUGGGUUUGCUGGAUGAUGUUAAAGAGUAUAUUGAUGGAAUUGUAGAGGCUUCUUUUUGGUCAUCAGCUCAUUCUUUAAGAUUGUUGUUUGUGAGUUUGUUGUCUUCAGAAUCUGUGUCGCGACCGGAAAUUGUUUGGCAAAAAUGUUGGAAACAUUUAUCUGAUGAUGUUCUCUAUAACCAACGAAAGUUGAGAAAUCAACCCGGUUUGGUGCUUAAUGAUGAUGAUAUUCAGAAUUUUGUGUUGGCAGAUAUUGAAAAAUUAAUUUUGGAUGAGUUGUGUUAUGAUCGUGAAGCUUUAGCAAGAGAACACUUGGACUUUCUUUCAAAAUUCACUGAUGAGCAACUUCAUGUUCAUGAUACGAUAAUGUCAUAUGUGCAUUCAUCUAAGGGAGGAAUGUUUUUCGUUUAUGGAUAUGGAGGUACUGGUAAAACUUUCAUAUGGAGGUCGUUGUCAGCAGGGAUUCGUUCGAAGGGUUUUAUUGUGUUAAAUGUGGCAUCCAGUGGCAUAGCCUCUUUAUUGUUACCUGGUGGUAGAACAUCCCACUCUCUCUUUAAGAUUCCUAUCAUUGUGAAUGAAGAUUCGAUGUGCAAUAUAAAACCUGGUAGUGCACUAGCUGAACUUAUCGUUCGUGCUAAGCUUAUUAUAUGGGAUGAAGCUCCUAUGAUUCAUAAACAUUGCAUAGAAGCCAUUGAUAGGACUUUAAGGGAUAUUAUGCGUGUACGCGGUGAGCACAGUUUGGAAAAACCAUUUGGUGGAAAAACAGUGGUUUUUGGAGGUGGCUUUGGACAAAUAUUGCAUGUGGUUCCUAAGGUUAUUGGUGGUCCAAAUGAUGGUGAAGUGGUUAUUGAUCUCCCUUCUAAUCUUAUAUUGUCUAAUGUUGGUGAUCAUCUGAAAAUUAUCGUUUCGAAGAUUUAUCCCUCUUAUAUGAAUCCUGAAGAGUUAAGCAAUUGUUUGCAUGAUCGUGCUGUACUUGCUCCCACAUUGGACGUUGUUGAUGAGGUUAACCAAUACAUGACUUCUUUGGAUCACAACCAAGGUAGAGUAUAUUUGAGCUCUGAUAGUAUUUCAAACUUAGAUUCAACUUCGAAUGGUUCUAAUGAGAUACAUUCAGUUGAGUUUUUGAAUAAUUUGAAGUGUUCGGGUACACCUAAUCAUGAAUUGUUGUUGAAAGUUGGCACUCCUGUGAUGUUGUUAAGGAACAUUGAUCACUCAAAUGGGUUGUGUAAUGGCACCAAAUUGAUAAUUACAAGGUUAGGUGAUUAUGUUUUGGAAGGAAAAGUAUUGGGUGGCCAAAAGAGAGGAAAUAAAGUGUUGAUUCCUAGAAUGGCUUUGAUACCUUCUGAUGAAAGGAUACCAUUCAAAUUCCAACGACGACAAUUUUCGUUGGCUGUGUCGUAUGCGAGUAGUCAAAAGCUUAAAGAAAUUAGGCAGAAAUUCAAGGAAGGAAAGAAACUAUUGUCUGUCCGGAGCCUUUGUCCUAGUGGCAAAGAGCUUAGACAUUGUGACUGA